CUUUCCCCCCUUCCAGUCUGGACACUUUCCCCCCCUUCCAGUCCGGACACUUUCCCCCCGUUCCAGUCCGGACACUUUCCCCCCUUCCAGUCCGGACACUUUCCCCCCCUUCCAGUCCGGACACUUUCCCCCCCUUGCAGUCCGGACACUUUCCCCCCCUUCCAGUACGGACACUUUCCCUCCCUUCCAUCCGGACACUUUCCCCCCCUUCCAGUACGGACACUUUCCCCCCCCUUCCAGUCCGGACACUUUCACCCCCUUCCAGUCUGGACACUUUCCCCCCCUUCCAGUCCGGACACUUUCCCCCCCUUCCAGUCCGGACACUUUCCCCCCCUUCCAGUCCGGACACUUUCCCCCCUUCCAGUCCAG